AUGGAGGAGAUGGAGGAGAUGGAGGAGAUGGAGGUGAUGGAGGUGAUGGAGGUGAUGGAGGUGAUGGAGGUGAUGGAGGUGAUGGAGGAGAUGGAGGAGAUGGAGGAGAUGGAGGUGCUGGAGGAGAUGGAGGUGAUGGAGGAGAUGGAGGUGAUGGAGGUGAUGAAGGUGAUGGAGGUGAUGGAGGUGAUGGAGGUGAUGGAGGUGAUGGAGGUGAUGGAGGUGAUGGAGGUGCUGAAAGUGAUGACAGAACACGCGGGAUCUUUGGUACACGCACAUGCAGGGGAGGAGAAGGGGAGAUGA